AUGGCAUGUACUAUAGUCGCGCUUUUAUGUGUUUUUCAACCCAUUCUCGCAUCUCCUACCGUCCAACCAGAUCCUGCCCUGGAUGCAGUGGUUGCUCAGAUUACUGCUGGUCCGACCUACCCUCCUCCCACGCGGACAGUCGAUAGACGUGACCUGCUUUCUGACGCUGCGAGCUAUGCGAACUCUUUAUUAGAUGGAGCACCAUCAUUUAUUACGGAUGGCGUUGCCAACUUCUUCCAGGGGUUUCCUACUGGAGAGGCAGUGCUGAAAUCUGCAGGAAUUAGCAGUACUGAUUUGGACGCAGUUCCAACGCAGGCACUGAACAUACCUGGAUAUGGCAAUUGGACGACUGCAGGGUGGAAUCUGAGAGUGCACGGUAAUAUUUUCAAGCAGCCCAACAUUUCGGACGAUAAAAUCAACGAUUUGGCCAACGUUUUCCUCAUCGACACCUCCGUACAGGAACUGCCUCCCUCGCAAUUGGCGCAGGCGGUAAACCUCACCAGGUCGAUUUAUGUCGUACAGCAGGGCGAGGAGAAUGUGACGGUGGAUAUUGGGCCUGCUCCUUCAGCUGGUACAAAUGGUGAACCAGGUGGUGGUGGUGGCGUUACGCCGCCUGGAGGCAGCCAACAGGUCACUCUACCUUAUCCGACAACAGACCAAGGCGAUUUCGAUGUCUUCGUCCCACUCUCCGAUCAAGGUCUUGAAGAUGGCAACACUACUGGUCCUCCACAAAAGAUCAACGUCUACGUCAACGGCACUGAAGCAGGGAAUGCGACGUCUUACCUCGUCGCCACCGAAGGCCUCACCAUUAUUAGUGACAUCGACGACAUCCUGCGCGUCACUAAGAUCUAUGUGCCGAAGGAAGGUCUACUCAAUUCGUUUGCUCGUCCCUUCACGCAGUGGAUGAACAUGCCAGACAUUUACGCCAAUUGGUCGACAGCCUUGCCAGACACUCACUUUCACUACCUUACAACAACACCAGAACAGGUCACGAGGAAUUACAUGGACUUCAUAUACAAGACAUACCCAGGUGGCAGUUUCGACACCAGACCGCUAAACUUCAGCGAUGUGAGUGCCACGUUGUCUAUCCGUCGAUUCCUCCUGGACAAAAUAUUCCUCACAUACCCAAAACGCAAAUUCGUGCUCGUGGCAGAUACUAGUAACAGCGAUGUCAUGAAAGCAUAUCCCGCAAUGGCCCAAGACUACCCCGGACAGGUUCAGUGCAUCUUCCUGCGAAACACCUCUGCAACAGAUGAGGAGAAUAGAUUUCCUUAUGAUACGUCUGGAUUCGAGGGUUUGAAUCAACAGAUGUACAUGUUCUUCCGCGUUCCUGAUGACCUGACGAAUUUGGACAUCUCGAAUGGGCAAUGCUAUAACGCAUCAAUACCGCAGAAUGUGACGUUCGGAUAUCAAGGCUUGCCCUUCGGGAUCGGAGAGUCACGAAAAGGCGCUGCACCCCGCCUGGUUGCGGUGUCAGAAAACCGAUUGGGGCUGUCUCUAGGGGUUGUUUUGGCAUUUAUGGGAGCGGUUGCAUUAUUUGGGUCGUAA